AGGUGGAAUAAUCCAGCAGCAGUCUGUGGUUUUUGCUACCUUAAUUGAGGCUGCUAGAGGAGAAUUUGUAGAACUUUAUAGAUGAAAGUUUCAAUCUAGAAGAGAUGAGAUUAUCUUGUCCUAAUAGUCCUUAACUUGCCCUGAAUUCUUGCUUUAAAUCCAGUCAGUAAUGAUUUUCACAACAAGCUGAAAGUGCGGUCUUCAGCACAAGUUCUGGAGUCAUGUGUCUUGGUUUCAAGCCAUAAUGAUUAUUAAGUGAUCCUGGUUAGAGUUGUUUUCUCUUAGGUCAUCCUAGAGAACAGUUAAUUAAAACCUUUAGCCUUUUCUCCCACUGUUUUCUUCUCCCAGUGACUUGUAUUUUGAAAGCUUUCAUGGUGACCUUGAACAGAGUUUGCUGUGUAUUGGCAGGGAGUGCAGAGAGGCUGAGCUGGAGUUGUGGAGCAGUGAGUGCUUUCCUGCAGAUUGCUGUAACUUCACACCAUGAGCUUUGCUGAAACCUGUCAGUGUGGCUGUGGGGUUUUUUGGGGGCUGGGGUGUGUGUGUGAGAGAGUGAGUGUUCCCCCUUGCAGACUAGCUAAAGCAUCUAAAUUGUUGUAAUUUGCAGAUAGUGUGUAUAAAAGUGUAAGUUUAGAAGUAGCACAUUGAUUUGUACCUGCAGAAAAGUGUAUUCUCUUUGCCAGUCCACUUUGCGCUCUUUUGACUUAUUUCCUUCUCCACUUCAUAGGGAACAUGGGGAUUACUAAAUAACUUUAGACUGACCCUGUGACUGAGUCCUUGUUUUUGAAGUCCGAAGCAGCUGUUGGUCUACUUUGGCACUUGCAAAGGCUGUUUAUUGCUAGUGUGUUGUUAGAUGGGAAUGGUUAUUUGGCAGUUAAUGGCAAUUAACCCUCAUUACAAAUCUUGGGCUUUGGCAGUCAGAUGCCUGAAUUUGGUUUUUGAGCCUAGGAUGACAACAAAUACACAACUAAAAUUUCCUGGCUUAUCUUUUGCAUUCCUUCCUUAGGACUUUCUCCUUGGUAGAUAGAUAAUAGCUGGGGCAAGCCAAAAGCAUUUCUGCAGAGUGGCACCUCUGCAUUAGACAAGGCUGUAGUAGAAGUAAAACUAAUCACCCAAAAAUCUCACUCCCAAUUGCCAGUGUUGUGCCUCCUUGCCAUGUGGUAGUAGUUAGUUGGUAUAUAUGUAAAAAAGGAGGAAAAUAAUAAAAAAAAAAGGUUAGAUCUUCAUGCUUAGUAAAACAUGUAAAGGGUGGUUAUUGUGUGUCCCCAUGUGUAUAAGUUAGUAUUGGUGCUUGGAAUGCUUGAAGGAAAUAAGGUGUCUGUUGAAAGGUGUAUUUUUGGAUAUGCCUAUAUAGUAAUAGCAUUAAAAAAAAAAUGAAUCGUGUUGAUGCAACUUGAGUCUUCUGCUGUUCCCUGAGAGAAAAAAACUGCAAAGCUGUAAUACCUCUGUUUACUGAUCAGUUUAAGCCAAUGCACUUUCUGUGCAGGGCACUGUCUAAGCACCUACCUCCCUUCCCGUUCUUCCCCUGCAGCUAACCAGCAAACCUGAGCCCUAAAGCACUCUGAUUUGUUCUUAACUUGAUCAGCCCUGAUCUGAUUUGCUGUGUAGCUUUUGUGAUGGCACAAGGGAACAGGGUGGGGGCAGAUAACAUAAGUUGGUAUCGCUACAGAAGGAAACAAAGCUGAAUUGUAUCAGCUAAGUUUUGUUGUUGCAGGAGGAUUUAGGGAUUUAGUACAACGUCUGCUUGUGGGCCUCUCUUAAAGGGAAUGAUGGACAAAGCUUUGAGAACUUUGACAAGAGUCAUGGUUCAGAAAAGUAGAGCUGAUGAAGGAGAUGGAAAUAACAGUUGGUUUUUUUUUUUUUUAUUGGUGGGGGUUUUUUCCUCCUUCCACUUGGACUCCCCAUCUUCCCUGUAGAGAUGACUGACAAGUAUUUCAGUCCUCAGCUUAACAAAGAAGGUAGUGAUGGUUAUUCUGAUUGAAGAUGUAUUGGGUUUGUGUGGCAAUGUUUUGGUAGCAGGGCGAGAAGCUGCCAGAAGCUUCCCCUGUGCCCGAUAGACCCAAUGCCAGCUGGCUCCAAGAUGGACCCAUCACUGGCCAAGGCUGAGCCCAUCAGCAGCGGUGGUAGUGCCUCUGGGAUAACAUAUUUAAGAAGGGGGUAUGUGUGAAACCUGCACAACGGCAACUGCAGCCAGAGAGGAGUGAGAAUACGUGAGGGCAACAGCCCUGCAGACACCCAGGUCAGUGCAGGAGGGCAGGGGGUGCGCCAGGAGCCAGAGCAGAGGUUCCCCUGCAGCCCAUGUUGAAGCCCCCGGUGUGGCAGGCUGUGCCCCUGCAGCCCGUGGAGGUCCACAGUGGAGCAGAUAUCCACCUGCAGCCCAUGGAGGACCCCAUGCUGGAGCAGGUCGGUGCGUUAAGGAGGCUGUGACCCUGUGGGAAGCCUGUGCUGGAGCAGGGUCCUGACAAGACCUGUGGAGGGAGGAGCCCAGGCUGGGGCAGGUUUGCUGGCUGGGCUUGUGACCCUGUGAGGGACCAACGUUGGAGCAGUCUGUUCCUGAAGGAUGGCACCCUGUGGGAGGAACCCACACUGGAGCAGUUCAUGGAGAACUGCAGCCCGUGGGAAGGACCCACGUUGGAGAAGUUUGUGGAGGACUAUCUCUCAUGGGAGAGACCCCAGGCUGGAGCAGGGGCAGAGUGUGAGGAGCCUCCCCCUGAGGGGGAAGGAGCAGCAGAGACAAUGUGCAAUGAACUGACUGCAACCCCCAUUCCUUGUCCCCCUGUGCCUGCUGGUGGGGAGGAGGUAGAAAAGAUUGGGAGUGAAGUUGUGCACAGAAAGAGGGAGGGUGGGGGUCAAAGUGUUUUAAGAUUUGUUCCUAUUUCCUUGUUACCCUACUCUGAUUUGAUGGUAACAAAUUAGAUUAAUUUCCCCCCAAGUUGAGUCUGUUUUCCCUCCCCUGUCCAGCUGAGGAGGGGAAGUGAUAGAGCAGCUUUGGUGGGCACCUGGCAUCCACCCAGGGUCAACCCAUCACAGAAGAACAGAAAGAAAUGUUUGCUUCACAGCAAAGAUGACUUAAAGCUUUACACUUUCUAACUGAUCAAAUCGGGAGCCACUGGCCAGGGUAACGGAGGAGGUCAGCCUUUUUUUCUUUGAUACCUGGUAGAAAUAGCAUAGGUGUACUUGCUUGUGUGCCUUGAUGCAGCACAGUUAAAUCUUUUGAAUACUUUUUAUAAGGCAGUUUGUGUUUUGUCUUGGCCUUCUGCAGAUCAAAAUAAACUCAGAUUUGGUGGCUUUAUAAUUCCAUUAACCAUAAAACUGGUUAACACAAUACUUGCAUGCUGUAACUAAUGCUGUAAGGCACGCAAAGACAAUUCAAAAGUAAUGCUGAGUAAUAUCUUUAAUAGAUUCUUCUGUCUUCUCUGUCAGACUUCGAUACAAGGUGAUGUUUGUGCAGAACUUAAAAAAAGGUCGGUUUAGUUAUGUCUGAGCAAGCCUGCUUGUGGAACUAAUUAAACUCUCAAAGUAGUAACUUAUAGGUUAUUUUUUAAUCACACUUAACAUUGGCCGUGUGGAUUUGUAUAAUGAUAGGUAACAUACUUAUUUAGAUGAGGCCUGAUGAGAGGUUUCUCUGCCACCAUGCUUCUAUCAAGAAGUUUCAUCCCUAUUUUGUAAGCAAGGAUCUGGGCUUUGAGUCAUGGGAAGAAGAUUGACUGGAUCACGUUGUGGCAGAGUGAGAGUCUGAGCAGCAUCAAGUCUGAGCCUUGUUUCAGCCCAGUUUCAUCUCUGUUACAGCUGGUGCUCUAUGGAUGGCAGGCAGCGUAGACCUAAAAGAAAAGGAUACUUGUGAAAGAUGGUGGAUCGCUUGGCAAACAGCGAGGCAAAUACUAGAAGAAUAAGUAUAGUGGAAAACUGCUUUGGAGCAGCUGGUCAACCUCUGACUAUUCCUGGUCGUGUUCUGAUCGGAGAGGGAGUACUAACAAAGCUGUGUAGGAAGAAGCCUAAAGCAAGGCAGUUCUUCCUGUUCAAUGACAUUCUUGUUUAUGGUAACAUUGUCAUCCAGAAGAAGAAGUACAACAAACAGCACAUAAUCCCACUGGAAAAUGUCACUAUUGAUUCCAUCCAGGAUGAGGGAGACUUACGGAAUGGGUGGCUUAUCAAGACACCAACAAAGUCUUUUGCGGUUUAUGCUGCCACUGCUACAGAGAAGUCUGAGUGGAUGAACCACAUAAAUAAGUGUGUUUCUGAUUUGCUUUCCAAAAGCGGGAAGACUCCUAGCAAUGAACAUGCAGCUGUCUGGGUACCAGACUCGGAAGCCACCGUGUGCAUGCGCUGUCAGAAAGCGAAAUUUACGCCUGUCAACCGUCGUCACCACUGUCGCAAGUGCGGCUUUGUUGUGUGUGGGCCUUGCUCUGAAAAGAGGUUUCUUCUCCCGAGCCAGUCUUCCAAGCCUGUGCGAAUUUGCGACUUCUGCUAUGAUCUUCUUUCUACCGGAGAGAUGACUGCUUGUCAGUCCACUAGGUCAGACUCCUACAGCCAUUCACCUAAAUCAUCUUUAAAUGAUGUAUCUGAUGAUGAUGAUGAUGAAGACAGUAGUGAUUAAGGACCAAACAUAUUUUUUUUCCACAUGUUGCAAUUUGUGUUUCAAACCAUAUGGAGCUGCUUUUGGGGAAGUCUAUAGUGAGGUUCCUCAAAAAAAAUCCUGUUCUAGCCAUAAAAUAUGCCUGAAUAGCUUCAACUGCGAUGUGCCUCAAUCUAUGAAUUCUCUAGACAAUAGUUUUUUCAUUCCUCUGCAGGGAUAGACUGUUGAAAAUGUUAUCAGAAUAUUUUCCAACUUCUUAUACUUGAGUUGCGUCUAGGUUAGACUUUUGUGGAAGGUUGGAGAAUAAAAUGUACUUUCUUAAUUUAACAACCCAUACUUCCUAAUGCUUCAUAUUGAUACAUUAUGUGGGGUUUUUUGGAUAUAGGGAGAAAAACUGUAAGCAUGCAUGGAACAGUGAUGUUUUGGUUAAUCCCUUAGAACACCCUGUUUUUCUAAUCAUGGUAUGUAUUAAGUUGAAAUGUGACAUAACUUGCAAAUCGAAAUGUCACAGAACUUAGAAAUUGUCUUGUUUUGCUCUUAUUUAUGACUUCCUAUGCCAAGCAGUGCCUUCUACCAGUUGUGCUGAUUCAGGAAGAAACAAACCUAUUCUGUGUUGUCUGUGUUUGCCUGAUGCUGGUAUCUGAGAGAUUGUUGGUGCUAUUGAAAAUAACUGCUGUGUUCAAAGUGGAGCUUUGACAAGGUCAGAACUGUACCCUGCGGUGGGUGACGGAGACCUGAAUCACAUGUCCUCCCCUCUGCAGGCAGACCCAAAGACUCCAUGGAUUCCCACAGGCUUCAGCGGGUUGGUUCUUGCAGGAGUUGCAUUGCGGGUCAGGAUCUUGAGAUAAGAAGCUUAGGGUGACUCUUCAUGGGGAUUUAUAAGUUUUCUUUUUAGAACAGUUUCUAAGUUUCAUGUUCGGCAAAUGCAUACUGAAAUUUUAGUUGGGUGAUAAAGUAUUUGGAUGUGAUAGCCUAUAUGUUUUUGGAAAUAUUUCCCAAAAAUGACACUAAAUUGUUUCUUGAAACAUUGGUGAGAGGGUUGGGCUCCCCCCCAUAAGGGUUUGAUUAGCUUGUUUAAAAAUAACCUCAUGUUUUGAACAAAAAGCCUGCAAGUAACCUUAUAAAAUUGGCUUUUCUUUUUACACAGCUGACCUCAGGAUAAAUGUAAGAUGCUAGUUAUUUCAGUCUAAAUGUAUACCCAGGACCAAGAAAGAUGUAUUUAAGAGCUAGAAUGAAAUCGUCAGUGCAGAAAAUGUCUCUACCACAGUAUUCAUUUUUAUUUUAAAUCAGUUCUUGAAUACAGAAAUGUCAUGUUUGCAUGUAAAUAUAAAAGUUAGACUUGCAGAGACAUGUUAAACCUCCAGAUACUAUGUUUCUAUAUUUUUAUAAUGGUUGUGUCAAAUUUGAAGCAGAAAACCCUCUGAAAUAGUUGUAUGGCUAUAGUAGCAACUGACUUUAUAAAAAAAAAAGUUAAACUUUUGUAUCUCUAAGUGACAAUUUCUGCACUGUUUGCCUUGGGUGGCAAUAAUUGGGUUAAAUAUUUAUUAAAUAAACAAUCAAUGCUGCAUAUUGCACUAGUCUCCCAUUCUGUAUGCUGUAAAUGUCAGUCUUUUUUUUUUUAAAUAUAAAAAUUAGUGGAGCACUUCAAAGCUGUAGCCCUCUGAGAUUUCUGGUAGCUAAAGGUGCACUUAGCAUCUUUAAGAAGGCACUCUAAUAGUCUGUAAGACAUUGCUUCAGGUGAAAAUUCUGUUAAUAUUUUUAGCUUGGGCAAUUCUAAAAAUUCUUUUUUUAAAAAGCACUGAAGAGUAUUUGAUCUACUUUGAAAUAAACAUAAGAAGGGGAAAAUGCUUUCUGAUAAGAGAUUAGGGACCAGGAAGAUUCUGUAAAAUUGCCAGAUAAGCAAUAAAUAAUUGUAUAUACUGAAAGACCAGCUGAUUGAGGGAAUGGUGACCUGCAGCAGGGGAAAAUGGGCUGUUCUGAGAAGGCACUUUCAGUUAAUAGUGCUUACUUUCUGUACCUCUCUUAGUAUUUAUGUUUCAGGAUUUUUCUACAGAAUCAAAGUACAAACUUCCCUUGUAUAUACCUUCUAAUGACUAACAAUUUUCUUCUGGAUGCAAUUGUUUCCUCUUUAUUAAGUUGUCAAAUAUUAACUUGUCCUUGUGUAUUUUUCCCUGUUUCUGUAUGUUGUGCUUAGUUUUCAGCACUUUUUAGAGGUGGGAAGAGGGUUGCCAAGAGCUAGAUCACAUCCUGUAUUUUGCAGAAUGUUCUUGUACCUACUUCAAAUAUCUUUUUAUCUGUGAAUGAAACUUGCACUGUGCUGCACUGAUCCCUGAAGCUGUAACCAAACCAAUGCGUGCGUGUGGGAUUUCUCAUCUGAAAUUGAUGUAUAUGGUCCAAGCUUUUUGAGAAAGCAUUAAAAAAAAAAAAGAGUAUUUUAUGGUAAUACUCCUAUCCCUCAGUAGUAUUUGUUUAAAACUUUACAAAAUGGACUUAACAUCAACUUCUCUUGUACUUAAAAAUUCCUGAAAGGGCUCGUUUCGUACUUUGUAAUCUUGUUCUGUCAAAUUAUUUUAUUUACAAAUAUAUGGUGUAGCUUCAA